AUGGAUUCUAAUUUCAAGAACACAUGCUUGAAUUUCGCCACAAUGAUUAAGAAAUUGCUGUUGCAGAUAGGUUUUUUGGUGGUGUUAGUACUCGUGAUUUGCUUGAUAUUUGGAUUAAAAACUCUUCACCAUCAUCCACAAGGCAAUAAUGAUCCAAAAGGCAACGAUGGUAGUCCUAAUGUAGAGUAUAAGAACAUCGAUGUGGUUCAUUAUGGGGCAGCUGGGGAUGGAAAAACAGAUGAUUCACAAGCAUUUUUGAAGGCUUGGAUGGCUGUUUGUAAGGCUACAACGCCCUCAGCUAUGUUGGUGCCAUCUUCCAAGACAUUCUUGUUGAAUCCAGUGAAGUUUGAAGGCCCAUGCAUGUCCUCCAAUGUCGGGGUUAAAAUCCUUGGAAAGGUUGUGGCUCCAACUGAUGUUGAUGAUUGGAAAGAGUUUAAGGUCAAGAAUUGGUUGUGGUUCGCCAAUGUGAGCGGUCUUGAUAUACAUGGGAAUGGCCAAAUUGAUGGGCAAGGAGCUGGUUGGUGGAAUCAAAAAUCAAAUGGACGACCCACGGCGUUGGCUGUUUACGAUUGUGAUAAUCUUCGUCUUUCUGGAUUAACGCAUAUUAAUAGUCCUAAAAGUCAUAUGCAUAUUGUUCGUUGCAAUCAUGCUUCCAUCUCUCAAUUGAACAUACUAGCACCCGAGGAUAGUCCCAAUACUGAUGGUAUUGAUGUUGCUUAUUCAACCGAUGUUAAGAUUCAGAAUUGCAGUAUUGCAACAGGUGAUGAUUGUAUUGCUAUUAGUGAAGGCUCUUCCAAUAUCCACAUAACAAACAUCGAGUGUGGACCUGGUCAUGGCAUAAGUAUUGGUAGCUUGGGAGAAGACGGGGCGACAUCCGCUGUAGAAGAAGUGAGAGUUCAAGAUUGUCAUCUGAAAGGAACUAUGUAUGGAGCAAGGAUCAAAACAUGGCAGGGAGGAUCUGGAUACGCAAGAAAGAUAUCGUUUCGAGGAAUCACACUAGAUCAAGUUCGCAACCCAAUCAUAAUCAACCAGUAUUACUGCAACGGAAAAAAAGAUUGCAAAAACGAGACAUCAGCUGUAGAAGUGAGUGAUGUGUUGUACCAAGGAUUGCGUGGAACAUCUACAACGAAGGUGGCAGUGAAAUUGAGUUGCAGUGAGAGUAUAGGCUGCAAGAACCUUGCAUUUGAAGAUAUCGAUAUCAAAUCUACAGAUUCUGAUAAAACCACCCAGUCCUCAUGUUCUAAUGCCCAUGGAACAUCAACAAAUACAGUUCCUACUAUCGAUUGUUUGUUACCAUAG